AUUGGUAUAUAACCUAUACCAAACACAAAUGGAAAGCCGUAGAAACAUCUCAGAGUUCAUUUUUCUAGGACUUUCUUAUGACCAGAACAUCCAGAUAUUUUGCUUCAUAUUCUUCUUCUUCUGUUAUCUUGCUUUGUUGGUGGGAAACCUUCUGAUCCUUGUCUCCAUUCAAUGCAGUCCUCUUUGUAGCCAACCAAUGUACUAUUUCCUCAGCCACUUAUCUUUCAUAGACAUCUGCUAUACGUCUAGUGUUACACCCAAAUUAAUUGGAGACCUGCUAGCGGAAAGAAAAACCAUUUCCUAUGGUAACUGCAUGUUGCAGGUCCUUAUCAUGCACUUCUUUGGAGGCACUGAGAUCUUUAUUCUUACUGCCAUGGCCUUUGACCGCUACAUUGCCAUCUGCAAAUCUCUCCACUACGUGAUGAUCAUGAACAGGACACGAUGCAACCUCCUACUCUUGGCUGCUUGGGCUGGUGGCGCAGUCCAUGCCUUGCCUCAGUUUUUUACGGCAAUCCGGUUACCUUUCUGUGGUCCUAAUGAACUCGAUCACUACUUCUGUGAUAUUUUUCCUCUGCUAAAAAUCGCUUGUACUGAUACCUACAUCACUGGUAUCCUUGUGAUUGCCUUUGCAGGUAUGAUUGCCUUAGUUACCUUUGCUGUGUUAUCUGUUUCUUAUGGAAUUAUAUUAUUCAGCUUAAAAAAUCAUUCGGCUGAGGGAAGACAAAAAGCACUUUCUACCUGUGGGUCUCAUAUCACCGUAGUCAUCUUAUUUUUUGUGCCUGUGAUCUUUAUUUACCUUAGACCUCCUACGACUUUUCCUGAAGACAAAAUAUUUGCACUCUUUUAUACUAUCAUUGCUCCUAUGUUCAAUCCAUUGAUAUAUACACUGAGAAAUACAGAGAUGAAAACUACUUUGAAAAAAUUGGUAUCAAAUGUUAUUUUCAAAGGAAGCGCACAGUUACUUUGAAGAAGCUUAUUGGCUAAGCAGCUUUGUAAAAGAAAAGGGGGUGGGUAUGAAUGAAUGGGACAGCAACUCUCUCAGGUGUUAGGUACCAUCACUGUCUUGAAUGGAAGGAAUGAGAACCAUAGGACUAUAAGAUAAAUACCACAUCCAAACUUUUGUAUAAGAAAGUUAAUCAGCAACUACAUGAAUGCAGUGAGGUAUUAAGAUGGCAUCCAUAGUGUUACCUUCUUGAAAAAGACAGUUGAGCCAAAGGAAGGAAGGCAGUCCUAUCAUGAUUCAUGACUUGUGGGGAAAAAAAAUGUUUUUUAAUACUAAGUGUGUUUCAGAAAAUGUGGACUUAGGGCCCAGAACACACAGUAACAUUCCUUCUGUGGUAGUGGAGAUGUUGAAAACUAAAACUAAACUAAUGAAUUAAAUUUAUCACAACACAUUCACAUGUACAUAUGCUAGUGCCAUUCAGAAAUGAGCUAUGCAACAAAGAGCUAUUUAGAGUAGAAUCUGUCUUAAGGUGAUUUCUGGAGGUCAGCUCU